AUGAGACGAACUACUAGCGGAGGGGCUUUUCCUUACGACCAACAGGAUAAUGAAAAUAAGGAUUCAUUGAAUGUCUCAUCUGAACCAAAUCCAUUGACGAGACGCUUAAAUGAUUUUAGGCUUCAAGAGAUUGGAUGUGAUGUUGCUUUUGUUGUUGGAGAAGAAAUGGAGAAACUAAAAGCGCAUAAAUUAGUCCUUGGAGCAAGUUCUCCUGUUUUUCUCGCAAUGUUUUAUGGCCCUUUGGCUAGCGAUUCAUCACCAACCGCACUUCGACUAAUAAAUCCAGCAGUUAAUGUCGAAAAUUCAAUUAGUAAGCAACAGGAAUCAACAUCUGGUGCUCUUAGUAUUUCAAAUUUGCAACACAUCCAACCUAAAACAGCUCAUAUUGUAGGAGCAGAAGAAGAAGAAUAUGAGGAUGAAGAGUAUGAAGACGAAGAAUAUGAGGAAGAACCAGAUAAUCUCAGUAAUGAGUCUUCCCUUACCUCAUCUCUCGAAGGAGAGCAUCAUUUACGCGGAGUAAAUGAUAUCAAAACAUUUCCAACUGUUGGGGUUGUUGGAACUGCUCAGAAUUCUGGAGUUGAUGAAGGAGGAAAUUUAAUACAUCGAAAUGUUCAUUCUGCAGAAAUCCCUCCACCACAACCUCCACAUUUUCAUCGUCAAAUUUCUCAUCCAUUUGAAGGUGGUUCAAUUGUCAAGCGACGUUUCUCAAUUUCUAAACCAAAAAACUUGGGUCAUAAAACAGUACAAUCACAAGGAGAACAACAUCAACAACAAUUAAAUUUUGACGAGAAUUCAAUGAAAAUUGAAUUGGCUGUUAAAGGACUUCAAAUGGUUAGAGUACCAGAUUGUGAACCUAAAGCUUUUGCUAUUUUGAUUGAUUUUGUUUACAGUGAUUUUGACAUAAAAAACCUUUCAAGACGUAAUUUACUUAAUGAAGAGAAUGUAAUGAAUACACUUUAUGCCGCUAAAAAAUAUGACAUUCACCCAUUGGUGACAGAAUGUGUUAGAUAUUGUACUGCUAGAUUGACUGCAACAAAUGCCGUUUCUUUGCUAGCACAGGCACGGCUAUUGGAUGAAAAUACUUUGGUUGAACAGUGUUAUCAAGUAAUCGACCAAAAUACGGAUAUUGCACUCCAUGCCAAUGCUAUAGCCGAUAUUGACAGAGAUACAUUAAUUAAUGUUCUUGGUCGAAAUCAAUUGGACCCUUCAUCAGAAUUAAUUAUUUUCCAUGCAGCAAAAGCUUGGGCAGAAGCAGAAUGUUCUCGUAAACAUAUUCAACCAACAGUUGAAAAUCUUCGAAAAUGUUUGGGGCCAGCAAUGGAAUUAAUUAGAUUCUCUUUAAUGGAUGUAAAUGAAUUUGGACAGGCAGCAAGCUCUUCUUUGUUAACAUAUGAAGAGAUUGCUGAAGUAUUCCUUCAUUUAACAGUUCGCCCACGCCCUCCAUGUCGAUUUGCUUGUAAAGGCUUUCGAGCUAAUUCUCGUUCAAAACACGUCGUUCAACGUUUUCUUUCUGUUUCGGCAAAACCUCGUUCUCGACGUGAAUACAAAGUCUGCUUUACUGUAGACAGAAAUGUUCUUAUAAGUGGAUUGAGUGUUUAUGGUGUUUUUCAAUCAAAUAACAAAGUUUACGAUGAAAAUCCGAAGACAACUUGGGAAUAUGACGUUGAAAUAAAGUUAGAGGCACCAGUUGACUCUCCAAGCAUUUACGGGUCAGCAUUAAAACUUCUCGCAUCAAACAUUGUACAAUUGAGUAGCAAAUUUGGCGAUCCGAAUCCCCUUGUCGCCUAUUUUACUGAACCAGUUGCUUGUCAAGCAGAUAUUACUUAUUUGGCUACUGUUCAUUUUAAAAAUGAAACGGGUGUUUCUACUUUUCAAGGCAAGGAUGGACAAGAUCGUGUUGUUGUUGAAUUACCUUUUGAUGAAACUGUUACUUUUAAGUUCCAUUCUUAUCGUUUUGGAUUUGACGGAGGUGACGGUGGAAGGACCGAAGGUCAGAUCCCAGCAAUACAUUUCCUUAUGCAAUGGUCAGAUGAAAAUCCACCAAAAAGCUUUAAUUAAAAUAAUUAUUUAAACUAAAUUUGUUUUAAUAUAUAUUUGGAUAUUUAAUUUAACCAAAAAUCGGGCAUUUUUAUUUAUUUUUCAUGAAUUUAAAUUUAUUUACUUAUUUUCUUCUUUGCUCGUCACCAAUUAAGGCAAAAUUCAAUUUAUUUUUAUAAUAUUUCCUAAUUAUUUUUAUUGUUAGUUGUUUGAAUAAAAGCAUUAUUUGGUAAUUAAUUUGAAU